GAGAUUGCUGAGACAUUAUGCGUACGGAUGUAGAUAGCAGAGGGAUCUUGCAAGUACUUAGUACUCGCAAGAUUCUGACUUCACUUUUCUCCGCCAUGGCAAGUGCAACUCUAUCAUAAUUACAACCGUUUUGGCAAAGGUUUUUCGAAAUAUCACAACGCCAAUGGCCGCCAAGCUCAUUUUCAAAUAAUCUUCCAUUUUUUUCAAGUAGGGACUGUCAGACGGGGGAGAAAAAUAAGCAGCAAUGUCGGCCGCCAAAGUUUGCUUAAAUAUAAGAUGCGGUGCCACAUCGAGUGUGGAGUGGAGAAGUGGAUGGCUUCUCCGGUCGGGACAAUUCGCCGAUCUUUGCGAUUCUUGCGGUUAGGGAGAUGCUGCCUAGGUACUGUGCUGUAAAACUCAGGAAACCUUUUAUCCAAGAAGCAGCAAUAUGGGAGCUUAUCUCUGCCCUUCUGCCAAAGUAGAACCUCUUUGGCAUAUGCUAACUGGUCCGCCUUUGAGCAAAUGAGAUUUUGUGAAAUAUUUCACUCAGAUGAUACUGGUUGGAGGACCUGCAAGAUGUGUAAAAAGCGUGUCCAUUGUGGGUGCAUUUCGUCUAUCAAUUUAUUCAUGCAUCUUGAUGGUGGAGGCAUUGAAUGCAUUCUUUGUGCCAGGAAAAGGGGCAGCCAUAUUUCAGCCUAUUUUUCAUCAAAUUCACAAUCAGAAGGGGUUCCUUUGAGAAUUGAAGAUGCCAACAUACAGGACAGCAUGUUUCAGUUUAGCUUUUGGCCCAAUAACAACCAUAGUAUGCAUGUUUUAGAGGGGAUUACACCUUGUAUGCAGCCUGUGCAGUCGCAAGGUGACAAUACAGUGAACUUCAGUCAGCUCAAACUGGAAGAAAAUAUAAUCAUGGGUUUCAGAAAGGCUUCAAACUCCAAUGCCCAGGUUGGUCUAACUUCAAAAAUUGGCAACGGAGCAUCUCCCAGCAAGUUUUCUGAUCGUGGAAUAAAUGAAAACAUGUCUGUAAAUACUGAUUCGUCUGAGAUUGUACAUUAUCCUGGGAAGCGAAAAGCAGAUUCUCUGAAGGAGGAGUUUAUAUGUCCAUUCAAUGAUUCGGAUACAUACAGUAAAUGGUAUAAAAAUAAUUGUGCUGGAGGAAAAUCAAAAGAAAGGCAAAUUUUGCAGUCAGUAUUGCUAGGGGAUAAACUGCAGAGCCAUAAUCUUGGCACUAAAAACAAGAGGUUGCGGAUAGAUAAUGAAGAUGCAUUAGAGUUGAAAGUAACGUGGGAAAAAGCUCAAAACUUGUUUUGCCCUCCUUUAAUGGCUGUCCCAAGUGUUGUCAUCAUUGAAGGGCAUGAAUUUGAAGAAUAUGAGGAGCCUCCAAUCUUUGGCAAGAGGAUGUCUUCUCCUUCCAAGCGAUUAAGGGCUCCCUCAUCUCCACCUUGUGAAGUUAGCUCUGGAGAUCUUGAUAAACUUCCUGAACAAAGUAUAGGAACAAAAAGGAGAAACGUUUCUGAUAGUCAUUCAGGCCCAGUGAACUCUUGUGGUCUGGAUGCUCCAGCCAAUGCAGUCGCUCUUGGGGAGAAAAUUACUGCAUCGUCCUUGGUCAGUCCCACAACAAAACACCCUCGACACAGACUGGGAUGCACGUGCAUUGUUUGUAUUCAGCCUCCCAGUGGAAUGGGACCAAAACAUAAACCUUCUUGCACCUGCAAUGUUUGUAUUACUGUCAAACGUAGAUUCAAGACACUUAUGAUGCGGCGCAGAAAAGAAGCAGAAAAUGCAAGGAAGAAGCAUAAUUCUUUGAAUGAGCAGAAAGAUGUCAACAGUGGUGAGAGAAAGGAAUCUGAUGUGCAUUCUGAUUUUGAGAAUGAAUUCGUGUGGGAAACUCCAGCACCAUUUUGCAAGGAGGGGAUUACCAAAAGUCAUGAUUAUCCAGGAAAUGAAGUUAAAUUGCCUUCAAAUCUGAACUUAGAUGCUUCUUGUAAGGACAAUGAAGGUGUGAAAGAAGAUUAUUUAGUGAGCAAAGGCCGAAUUGAUUUGAAUAGUCAACCAGGAAGUGAGGAGGAAGAAUUACUUGAGAUUGAUCGAGAAAUAGCAGUUGGGGUUCUUGAUAAUUAUUCUUUGCCUCUUGAUAUGUGCAUAAAACAACAUGAACUUCCAAGUUUGAUAUACCCUCCCCAGAUAAGCACUGCAUUGGGAUUUCAACAAAGUUCAAGUGAAGAAAUAGUUGAAGAAACUUCCAGGGUUCAGAAUGAAGAUCAUAUCAUGAAAGGAGAGUUCAUUUCAAACAUAACUGAAAAUGAUGCCAAAUCAAUCUCUAUUUAGAUAAAUUUACAAGAUGCACCUCCUUCAUUUGCAGAUUGUUUUUCAAAUAUCUGCACCUCAACAGGGAAUCUGUACUUCUGGAUUACACAUAAUCGGGUUACAACAAUAUCUGAUGGAAUAACAGUUUGUAAGAUUAUAUGUUGUUACUGGGGGUUUCCAAUCAGAUCCCUGAAACAAUUUUUCUUUAGGAAGGCUUGUCUAUGCCAUGGUAACUUUUUAUGUUCACGCAAGGGAUGAUUGCCAAUCAUCUGACCUGGAAACUCUCUUAUAUUAGCCACAUCCAUGGAAAAUGAGCUACCGUGCUGCAUCCUUCUUUAACAGCAACAUGCCUUAAUCCUUACAUAUGACUAUCCUCAUAUAAGAUAAGAAGUUGUGAAGGAAGUAUCUAAAUUUAAUCUACAUUGUAUUUCUACUAAUUUUAAUUUCCAUUGGGGUACUUGAAACUCUUGCCAGAAUUCGAUUCUGAUGUAAUGAAGCACCGGGUUAUCCUAUAAGCUUCAGAUAAUAUGUAUUUUACAUAUUAGAAUGUACAUUUUUUAACUAAAAUUUCGAAAGAUAUCAUCUGAAGGAAUUUAAGUGGGUUUGUUUCCAAAAA